ACGAUGCUCUUAUCAGUAGAAGACGUUUUUCAUGAAUUGUGUUUGUAAUAUUUGCGGCAUUUUUUCAAGCUGAAAUGUGACAUCUUCACACUUAUAGGAAAUGGGCAACUUACUUAGACUUCUUAGUCGGGACGUGGACCCUUGUUGUUCACUGCCUAAAUGUGACAUUUUUGUGGACUUCGAGAACGCUCAACCAAGAAAUGAGUUAGAAUCCUCUCUUUACUACGAAGCUGAAAGUGUCCUCGAGAGAUCCACUCUCGUCUUAAAAGAGUUGGAAAACUACGAAGGUGCCUCUCAAAAGAUCCGAGAGGCUAUCACUAAACCAACCAAGUUAACGGAGGAAAAUGCUUGGAAAGCAGUUCUGCCUUUGGUGGGAAAACUUCAAGUGUUUUAUGAAUUUUCGAAGGACCUCACACAGAUUAUACCAAAGAUAUUACUGAUGCUUUGUAACCCAAACAAGGAAGAUGGUUUUACAUCUCAACCGUCUAAGGCAAAGAUCCCUGAGCAACUCGAUGAUCACCAAGCUAUUGUCAAACAAUUUGCCAAGAUUCUUGAGUUUGUCCUUAAAUUCGACGAAUGCAAGAUGACCACACCUGCCGUUCAAAAUGAUUUCUCGUACUACCGACGAACGAUUCAGCGAAAUCGACACAGUUCUGAAGAUCCCGUGAAUGGCAAUGAGAUUGGAGUGGAGAUGGCCAAUGCCAUGUCAUUGUUCUUUGCUCAUUCCACUCCCAUGCUGAACGCUCUUAGUGAGACAACGAGUAAAUUUGCCCAACUAACUUUCGCUCCUGUGGCCAAAAACGCACCGGAUAUGCUUAGUGUAAUGGCUAAGGUUUGCCAAAAGAUGCUGGACACCCCAAGCUUGAAAUCACGAUUGCAAUUUGAAUCGACUGAGCUUUUCAUUCUUCGGGUAAUGGUUGCCAGUAUCAUUCUUUAUGAUCACGUGCAUCCAUCUGGAGCAUUUGCAAAAGGAUCGUGUGUGGACGUGAAAGGGUGCAUAAAAGUUCUCCGAGACCAACCAAAGGCUCGUUCAGAAAGCCUUCUGAACGCUUUGAGAUAUACGACCAAACAUGUAAACGAUGAAAACACACCAAAGGGCCUCAAGUCAGUUUUGUUCGAGGACAUUGAAUAGUUCUUCAACAUUAUAUUGAUCAAAAGCAUAAUUUUGAAAUCUGAGCGUUUUAUUUUCCAUAUUUCAUAAUUAUAUCAAUAUGAAAAGACCCUGCUCGUUUAUUGCUAAAGUGGCCAAGAACUCUUAAGCAAAAUAACCGAAGUCUAAUAUUUGGAGCUUUGUACAACAAGGACUAAAAUAGACGAAACUGGGACAUAAGCAAAAAGCACAUUGGAUGUUCAUUUCGUAUGUUUGGAAAUCAAAUUGUACAAUAAAUUUCAUUAUUAUGAGAAACAUA